CUUUAUGUGAAUGCUAUUGCAUCGGUAUUGUCAUACCAUCAAAUAUCACGAGUCUCAACGCCAGAUUCAAUACAAUGGCCGACUGGGACUACGGUGAAGAGAAGGGUCCCCAAAAAUGGUAUAUCAAGUACCCUGCAGCUGCAGGAAAAAGGCAAAGUCCCAUCGAUAUCCCAAUUAAAAAGGCAGUUCAAGCUACGCUGCCACAGCUCAAGGGGGUGUAUAUCACGGAUAAGAUUAGGCAGACCUUGCACAAUGUUGGACACGGUUGGAAACUGGUAACAGAAGGGGAGAAUAGCGAUUUGUCACUAAGUGGUUGACCAGGUCAUCCAGCGUGACAUUGUCGUUGUUCUCUUAAAUUCGACGGCCGUUUGAUAAUUGAGUUUGACAGCCGUUGAAAGUA